GUUGAUCAAUAGGAUCAUUUAUUAUUACUUGCUUUUCACUGGCCCUUCUUAUAUGCUCUAGACAGUCACUAAAAUGCGGCCAUCUUUGAAUUUGCUCGCUGCCGUAUCCCGCGGCCAGCCGUCGAAGCUUAGGAAGCCGGCAAUGAGUUUGGACCAUUUCAUCCAAAGACAGCGAGUCCUCGGGUUCUGGAGGGAGGUUACUCGAGCAUUACAUAAAAUCCCCAAAUCGUCGACACGGGACGAAUUGCGCAGCUACGCUCGCCAAGAGUUUGAGCGUCAUCGUAAUAUAACGGAUUUGCAACAUAUACGGUAUUUGCUUUCGACAGGGAAAUCGGAAUUUGAGAUGAUGAGACGGUAUAUCGAUGAGCAAGCCUCUCACUAAUUCGCCUGUGACUAUUUCCAGAUUCCGGUUUUGAAUAUUAGCUUGAGGCCCAUGCGUUUUAAAUGAAUGCAUCGGCACGUGCACAACAUGCAGGGCGAUGGGCCUAGAUGCAAUGUAUAGUGUGCCUAUAUGGAGCCUCGGAGAUGAAG